UUCCUUCCCUUCAGAUUUUCAUUUCUAAUAAAGUAUACAUCAAUCUUUAAUAUUCCGCAUUAUAAAAAAGCUCUUUUGUGGUCAUUUUAUUUUUCCUCAGGGUAUAAGGAUCAUGGGACCAAAAAGAGAGAAAACCACUGUGGUCCAUCCCCAACCAUGAUGAGUCCAUUUCUUGCUCUGACCUCAUAAGGCGCCAUUGUGAUGCGAUUCAAAGCCAAUCCUAUAUAAGGUUCUGGCUGAGUCCAGGAAGCUGUUGGGUUGUAGUGGUUGGUUGGAUUGGUUGGUAGUAGUGGAUUGUCGGAUUUAUUGGUUUUUUCUUUUUACCUCUUCCUUCUCCUCAUUUUCCUGUUCCUCCUCCUCCUCCUCUUCCUCUUCCUCCUCCUCCUGCUCCCCUCCUACCACUUGUCCCCUUCAGGGGAACAUUUAAAUCACCAUGUGUGAUUUUUUUGAGGACACAUCGGCCAGAGUGGAGUGGCUGUGUGGGAACUAUGCCAUCCUCGAUGACAUCGGGAGGGGCUCCUUUGGAGAAGUGAGACUGGCCCGCCACCUCCCUACCAACAUGAAGGUGGCAGUGAAAAUAGUCAACUGUGAAGAUCCCGCAGACGUGGCCGAAGAGAUAUAUUGUAUGAAAGAAUUAAACCACCCGAACAUUGUAAAAUUGUUCGAAGUGGUCAACACUGACCACCAGGUAUACAUAUUUAUGGAGUAUGCCUACUCCGGCACUUUAUACCAACACCUAAAGAGGUGGGGUCCUUUAUCGGAGGAGGCAGCACGAGCCCCAUUCCAGCAGCUGCUGUCGGCUGUGCACUAUUGUCACCAGAAACAUAUCGUCCACCGGGACAUAAAACCGGAAAACAUCCUGCUGGACAUGGGAUUGAACAUAAAGCUGGCUGACUUCGGGCUUAGUGGUGUGUUUAAGGAUGAAAAACUCACCACGUUCUGUGGCACUCCCAACUAUAAGGCCCCAGAAUUGUUCAAGCUAGAAGCUUAUGAAGGCCCGAAGGUGGACGUGUGGAGUAUGGGGGUCGUGCUCUAUAACAUGCUGACUGGACUACGUCCAUUUGUGGGCAAAACCUUAGAACAACUCAGGGAGCACAUCUUGAGCGGGGACUUUUCUAUUCCGUCUUUUCUAUCUGUACCGUGCCACACACUGUUGAGGACCAUGAUCGACAUCGACCCCGGCCGAAGACCCACCCUCGGAGUAAUAAUGAAAGACGUUUGGGUGAAUACGGGGGAGGCAGAGGAAAUGACACCCUACAUCGAACCAUCCUGUACUCACUUAGACCCCCAGGUAACUCAAAUAAUGAGGACACUGGGGUAUGAACAGGAGGAAAUAGAAUCAUCCCUGAUGGGAAGAAAAUUUAAUAACAUCAUGGGCACUUACCGCAUAUUAAAUAUGAAACUUACCAUCGGUGGCCGAACAAUAAAAGUAAGUCCCAUAUCCUCUGACUCCAACAGAACACUCCGUACAACCCAGGGGACUUGGGGAUCCUGGAAGAAAAGCAGAGAACCUCAGAAUCCCCCACCGAGCCCAGAGUUCAGUGUGUCCACCACCACACCACCAGGGGCCCUGGAUUGGAGUAUUGCCACCCCUCCCAUUAGAGUGGAGGUGAAGAGGAUCGUCGUCCAGAAAGGCAGUGAGCACUUGGAGAACAUCAGCCAGCCUGCCAGUGCGCACUUGGAGAACAUCAGCCAGCCUGCCAGUGCGCACUUGGAGAACAUCAGCCAGAAGACCAGCCAGGGUAGCAGUGCACACUUGGAAAAGAAGAGUCAGCCUGGCAGCGAACACUUGGAGAAGCAGCAGCAGCCCCAGAAGCUGUAG